AUGAUGUCAACUACAGAGGGAGAAUUAGACGUCGAAAUAGCUCAAGAAAAGGAAGAUGGCGAGUUGGACGAUUCAGAUGUUGAAGAAGGGACUUAUAUCCCGCUGGAGCGGCCGGAGGCGUUUAACCCACCUUCAUUGGUGAAUAUGCAAAUACAGGACGAACAAAGUGAUGAAGCUUCUCUUGCUGAAUCCUCGGGGUCUGAAUCUGAUGAAGAGUUAAGAAGGCGACCAAAGCGCACCAAAGUGAGGCCGCGACGCCCUCAACAGCAGCCAGCACGCAAUAACAAAUACAAUAUAUGGUGCGAAGCAUUACAGGAAGACCUUUUGACACAAGACAUGGGCACUUGUGAUGUUUCAAAGAAAAGCAGAUAUGGCGUUGAAUCUUAUGAUUACACUAUUAAGUAUAGGCUAGAUGAUAAUUAUAUUUCUAAAAAAGUAUUUUCUAGUAAUGAACACAACCAGACAAAUAAGAGAAGGUUUUCAGAUAGGUCUAAUGUUAAGUUAAGGCUAGGGAAGAGGGUGAAUAGUCACCAACCUACGAAAGAGAAGCAGGAACCUAGGAUAUUACCAGAUCUUGUUGUAACUACGGAAGAUAGCAUUGAGAAUAUUGCUACUGAUAUUGCUGAAAAACUAACAGAAGAAAAGAAAGAUUUAAUUGCUAGGAUUGUAGGAGUGCUGGGUGCAAAUAUAGCCAUUGAAAUUUAUACAGAGACACAAACAGUCGAAGCAGAUGGUGGAAUGCUGGUCAUGAAUGGUACCCGUCGCCGCACACCCGGCGGUGUAUACUUCUUUCUGUUGAAGAGGCAUAAUGAUGUAACCCAAGCAAUGAUCAAUAACAUAUUCAAUGAAGACCGUAAAGAAACAGCCAGAAAGAUUAAGAAAACUCGCGCCAAAAGCCGUCAAAAAGUCAUGGAACAAUUGAAACAGAGUCUAACAGAUUCAGAACUACCCUCACUUCUGUCACGAGGAGAAGCCACAGUUCAGACUGAACAUGGUUCCAACCCACCCCCGUCGCCCGCUACAGAUGCGCGCGAGUGUUCCAGCGACACUGAUGCUCAGUCUCACACAGAACAAGAGCCAUCGCCGGCGAGGCCUCUAUCACCCCUUCCAACUAGAACCAUACAGGACUAUGAUGAUGACGAUGAUUGCCUCGAAGUGAUGUGUAAUGAUGAAAUGGACCUUUUUUGA